CGCGGCCAUCUUGAAUGAGCGCCGCUCGGAUCGCGCGCUAGCUAACAUUAGCACCUCGGUCAGAUUAACUACAAUCUCUAUCGCUGACCGCCGCGGCUAUGCCCCAUUUACGUCGAUUUAUUUGAUCAGUCGACGCCUUGAGUGCGUGGAAAUGGGUAGAGACUGCGUUAAGAGUUGGCCGUGAUAAUUUAGGAGAGGGCGGAGGCGUUGCAGAUCCACGGGUGUAUUUUUAAAUUUCUGGAUAGAGGAGUUACUAUGAAUGGAGGAUAAAUGUUGCCGAAGGCUGACAGCAGCAGUUUCGUCCUCUUCUCCCUUCUCUUCGUCCUCACGCUAACGGACCCGCCACGGACAGGUCCGAGGCUAGCUCUGGCAAGAUUAUUGUCAGAGCAGCGCUGCAACCCUGGGCAGUUCGCCUGUCGCAGUGGGAAGAUGCAAUGUAUCCCCAUAUCCUGGCAGUGUGAUGGCUGGACAGCAUGUGAGGACAAAAGUGACGAGAUGGACUGUCCCUCUGUAAAGGAGGAGCGGUUUCGUUUCGGGAACGGAUACGACCAGGUAGAAGACGUCAUGGGCGUGGCUCAGCCCAUGCGCUUCAACAAAAAAUGUCCCAGCGGGUGGCACCACUACGAGAAGACAGCCAGCUGCUACAAGGUGUACCUGAGGAACGAGGACUACUGGCAGGCCGUGGACACGUGUCAGAAGGUCAACGGCUCUUUGGCUACUUUUGUGACCAACGAGGAGCUGCAGUUCAUCCUGAAGAUCGAGGUGGAUUUCAAUGACGAUGUCUGUGAGCGCAGAGACCAGUGCACGUUCUGGGUGGGUUAUCAGUACGUGAUCACCAAUCAGAGCCACACUUUACAGGGUCGCUGGGAGGUCGCCUACAAAGGGUCCAUGCAGGUGUUUAUGCCACCCGAAAGCCUCACAAAGAUGGGGGAGACCUCGUCUCAGGACAACGUCUUCUGCGCUCAGCUGCAGCGCUUUCAGCUCAAGAACAUGAACGAUCGAGGCCUGCACAGCUGGCACGCUGAGAACUGCUACAAAAAGUUCCCGUUCCUGUGCAAGAGGAGGCAAACCUGCGUGGACAUAAAAGACAACGUCGUGAACGAGGGCUACUACUUCACCCCGAAAGGAGACGACCCGUGUCUGAGCUGCACGUGUCACGACGGCGAGCCGGAGAUGUGCGUGGCGGCGCUGUGCGAGCGGCCGCAGGGCUGCCAGCACUUUCGAAAGGAUCCCAAAGAGUGCUGCAAGUUCACCUGCCUGGAUCCAGACGGAAACGGUCUGUUUGACUCGAUGGCGAGCGGGAUGAGACUGAUCGUCAGCUGCAUCUCGUCCUUCCUCAUCCUCUCUCUGCUGCUCUUCAUGGUCCACAGACUUCGCCAGAGAAGACGCGAACGCAUCGAGACGCUAAUCGGAGGCAACUUGCAUCACUUUAACCUCGGAAGACGAGUCCCGGGCUUUGACUACGGCCCAGAUGCUUUCGGUACCGGCCUCACGCCCCUGCAUUUGUCUGACGAUGGAGAAGGAGGCGUUUUUCAUUUCCAGGAGCCGCCACCUCCAUACGCAGCCUACAAAUACCCUGACAUCCACCACCCAGACGACCCCCCUCCUCCGUACGAAGCUUCCAUCAACCCAGACAGCCUCCUCUACGUGGACUUUGGACACGGCGGAGUCUCCGUGGUGCCGAGCCAGAUAAACGCCACGGGAGACGGGCUCCAGGCUGGUGUUCCCACCGGCUCCUGUCCCGUGCCAGAUUCAGUGCCGUCCUCUCAGGAGCGAGAAGACUCCAUAGAUAGCAGCACCCUGCUGGUGGGGCCUGACACGCCAACAGAUGGCCACGCCCCCACUCCUAUGCCCACAGACUGCGCCUCCUCCCUCAGCACGGUGGUAUAGGAUUGCAGGCGGACCGCUGGGAGCUGCAUCCGGAUAUUUCCCGCUGGCUCAGGAAAGUCAGAAGUGUGUUCUGCACCAGGAGAGGAUGCAACAAACUGACGUUGACUGCAGGGAGGAGACUUCACGUUUGUACAGACGUUUCAAAAAAAGAGAAGCAGCCACUUUUUUUGAGGAUGCUGUUCUUUGUCAAGACACCUGUUUUUCAAAGUGUUGGUUUUUUUGGUAAAUGCUGGCAUCUGUGGGAGCAAAAAAAAAAAAAAACGACUGAUCGUGUACAAAGAGGAGACACACCCCUGUCAGGAUGAGACUUGAAAA